UCGACGUGUUUUAGGAAUAUUCAGACAAUGCAGUUAAGUAUACAUGGGUAUUCACUUGUUCUUUAUUCUGAGCUUAGCUUGGGAAGUUGGAGGCUUCUUUCUGAACACUGGAAGAUGGAAGAUGGAGAUGUCAGACAUUACACGGAAUGGACUCCAAGGCAUAUCAACCGAUCAAGAGUACGUAACAGCAAAGAUGUCCACCACAACACUGAGUUGACUCCAAGCCUUCUCGGACGAUCAAUGUAUAAAUAUGAAGAUGAAUCCAAGGAGACAAGCACCAUUAUGAAUCUCCUGGGAUAUGGGCCCGUCAUCAGACAGAAACGAAUAGAAGCCUUGAAUGAGUGGGAUAGACUUUGGAAUGCACAUUGCUUUGAUGGUGUGGCUUCAUCUAUCACAGCAGGGAGCAAGGCGCAGGGGUUGACAUGUGUUUUCGAGAGCGAUAAAGAUAUGAUAUAUGUACUGCCAAAUACCAUGUGUCUGGAAUACGGCUUUGACGAAAGCACAAUUCCAGAUCACAUCAAUGUUUUCAAAAUGAAUACACAGAGCUGCAGUGCAGGGUAUUGUAGACUACUGCUUGAGAGAUCAGCUAGCUUAGACCACCCUGUUAUUUUUAAUUCUCUAAUUGAUAAUGGCCAUGGUAUGAUUCUAAUGAGCAGUACAUAUUUUGUUGAACAUUUGAAAAACUUUUAUAGUUCCUUCAGACCAGCAGUCCAAUACCCGCAUGCUGGUCCGUCUCUGCCAUGGUCUUUGGGUCCUUAUAGAAAUGAUAGGGUUGUUGCCAUUCACUGCAACUGUCGAGUCAUAUUACAAAAAUGGGCUUCAAGGACUCGUCAUUGGCCACCGCCGGGAAUUAUUGAGAAGGUUAUCGCAAUGAGAGCGUUUGUAACUCCAAUAGGGUUUAAAGGCAGCGAAUUCAACCACGUUGAAUGGAGGAUAUGCUUUAAUCCUGCUGAGACGGAGCUUGUGAAUAAUCUAAAUGACACGCAGGUCAAAAUAUAUUUUAUCCUUAAGAUGAUCGUAAAUGAUGUCUUAAAGCCUCAGACAAAAGAAAUUACAUCAUAUAUAUUAAAGAACAUUGUAUUAUGGCUGGCAGAAAACAACCCACAGACAUUGUUCUAUCCAGAAAGUUUGUUUCAUUGGCUUCACGAAGGACUAGAUAUAUUACGGAUCGCUAUAUUCGAAAGUCAGCUUCCUUACCAUUUUAUACCAGAGCGGAAUCUAAUGGCAAAAAGGGGACAUGACGUUGAGCAGCAGCGUGUGUUGGUAAGAUCUAUUACGGACAUGAUUAAUGAAGGGCCGAGGAUGCUUCUGCGGUUGAAGAAGGUACGUCAUGCCAUUGUCUGCCACCCGGAGCCACUUCUGUGGUACAGUAAGAGAAGGACUGAGCUAGAAUUGUUGAAGUUGGAGUACACGAACAGAAGGCUUAAAUGCUUCAAGGACGAAAACUUCAUGAUGUAUGACUUUGAUAUUAUUGGGAAGGCAUUAGCGGUGCGCAUGUCUGAGAUCUUACUAGAGGUCCUGCGUCGUAUGCCGUUUGAAGGGAAUUCAGUAAAUGAUCUGAUGGUGGUUCGCGAGAUGAUGCUUAGCUAAGAACGUAUUAAUUCACAAAUAGUCCAAUCCCAUGAAAAUUGUAUAGAUAUGAUAGUCGUGAUUUAAAAGGGAUUAUUACGUUUACUAUGAAUCACCCGGUUUACAUCAGCCUAGGUGAUGCCCUGUAUUGAAAAAUGGCUGUUCCUGUUGUGUAUUUUUUAACUUACCGCAGCAGUCGUGCUUGUCGUAGUUUAUGAAGCAUAAGCACAUGAGGAUUCCUGAAAAAAAGUAUAAUGUGUAUUUAGAUGUCGUUUAAGUAUACCUUAACGACAAUAUGCCUAUGCGAAUCAUCAUAACUGAUGGAGAUAAAUGUCCAUAUGUAAAAAUAUAAACUAAUCAACA